CAAAGAAGACAAUAACAACAGCCACAAAAAAAGGAGAACUGAAGAAUGAGAAGGGUUGCAGGUUUGAAGCUGCAGGAUUUCAGGUCAUCUCCUUAUUCAUGUUGCAAUAGCGUGUUGUUUGUGGCCCAAAGACAGAGGGGAAGUUCUUAGGAGCAACCGUUAAACAUCUCAACAGGAAACAUGAACGUUGAAGAAUAUUUCACGAGAACUGGCUACAGAGGCUCUCUUGAAAAGCUCGAUUUAGAAACCUUAACUGCAAUCUUCCAGCACCACAUAAGAGCUGUGCCUUUUGAGAAUCUCAGCAUCCAUUGCGGGGAAACCAUUACGUUAGCCUUAGAUCAGGUUUACGACAAAAUUGUGAAGAAAAAGCGCGGAGGUUGGUGUAUGGAGAACAACCAACUUUUGUCUUGGGUACUGAAAAGCCUGGGAUACAACACAACUAUUCUGGGAGCCUAUGUUUACAACCCAAAGCUAAACAUAUAUGCUUCUAACAUAACCCAUCUCAUAGUUAAGGUGGUGAUUGAUGGCAUAGCCUACAUAGUUGAUGCUGGCUUUGGGGUCUCCUACCAAAUGUGGCAACCCAUGGAGCUGGUCUCUGGCAAAGACCAGCCUCAGACUCCUGGGAUCUUUCGCUUCACAGAAGACAAUGGCAUUUGGUACUAUGAGAAAAUUAGACGGAAACAAUACAUUGCCAACCAGAACUUCUCCAACUCAGAUCUCUUAGAGAAGAGGGAGCGGAGGAACAUCUAUUUCUUCAGCCUUGAGCCACGGACAGUUGAAGACUUUCAAGUCCAAUGUUCGUACCUCCAGACAUCCCCGGAUUCACUGUUUACGAAGAAAUCUAUCUGCACCCUUCAGACUAUUGAUGGGUUUCAAGCUUUGAUAGGGUGGACACUCUCUGAGACGAAAUAUAACUACAAGGAGAACAUGGAUCUGGUGGAAUUCAGAACACUGGAUGACGACGAGGUGGAGAAAACACUGCGAGAGAAAUUUGGUAUAACUUUGGAGAGCAAGCUAGUCCCUAUCAACGUCAAAGGAAUAUAUACCAUCUAGAGUGACAGAUAAAACACCACACAACGUUAUAACAUCCAUGCAUCCAUCACCAUUGGCUUAAUCCAGCAUUUAGUGAAUUACAGUAAAAUUAAAACCUGUGCCCAAACUGUAAGUAGUCCAUAACGUGCAGCAUAGAGAUAAUUGUAUAGUGGAGGUAGGUGACACUGAUAACCGAUGAGUGCAUGGAAAUUUCUUUAAAUGUCUUGGAUGAUGAAUUGCUAAUGGAUUUAAGAACUUGAAAAUAGAGGGAUCUGUUCUACGUUUUAUAAAUUCACAGAUAACUGAAUUCGGAGCAGGGCUUUUUCUGAUAUCUGCUCAGGACUCAUCUAUACAUGGGACUUCUCAUUUCUUGUAACAGAGGAAACAUCCCCUUUUUUGUUGGACUUCACAAAUGGGUUUCCUGCAGACUCACAGGUGGGCCAUAUCAGAGCUCUGGAAAGAGUCUUCCACCAACUUACUUUGGCCAAUAGCUCUGGUAUUUUGUGGGGUGAUGGUGGUGGCAGAAGGGUUUGCCUUCCCCAUUGGAUCAUCUAGCCCUCUAUUGUCAACACUGUUAUAUGGACUAUUAUCCAUUAUCAACUUAAAAAAAUGGGAAAACUGACCCUAUGAGAAAUUACUGGAUUGGUCUGAUAAGCUGUAUUACCUUAAGGAAUUUUGGAAUUAAUACACAUGCUAGCUCAUAUUACAAGUUAUCAUGGUCUAAAAUGUUAGCAAUGAUCCAUGCUUACAUGCCACCCUCCUUUGAUCCUAGAGUCAAAUCCUACAAUCUUCUUUUUAACUAGGUAUUGUGAAGGGGGUUCCUUUCAUUAAUGUCUCAUACUCAGCUCAGAGUUGUGGGUGUGCACGCAUUUGGCAAACACAUUUAAUAAAGUGAGCAAGGAAUGAAAAUCCUUUGUAAAGCCUUAAUCUGGAAAAUAUGGAUUUUAAUAAUUUUAAUUACAUGAGUCAAUAUUUACAGAGGCUUCCUUUUUCAAUCUCCAUUUAUUUCUCUUCAUACAGUAUAUACAUUUGUAAGAUUGGGAAAGUUAUACUUAAGUCACUACCUGUAAUGAAGUAACACAGUGUGUGUGUG